AUGGGAAUGAUGGAGGAGAAGGUUUAUCAUGUUGAAAAGAAAAAGGGUGGCCUCAUCACUAUGCCAUUCAUAUUUUCAAAUGAAAUAUGCGAGAAGUUGGCAGUGGUUGGUUUUAGUGCAAACAUGAUUAGUUAUUUAACAAGCCAGCUACAUCUACCACUGACUAAAGCAGCCAAUACUCUAACAAACUUCGGCGGGACUGCAGCCUUAACUCCGUUGCUUGGAGCAUUUGUUGCCGAUGCCUUUGCCGGAAGAUUUUGGACCAUAUUAAUUUCUUCCAUUAUAUACCAAACAGGGAUGAUUAGCUUAACCAUAUCAUCAGUGCUGCCUAAACUAAGGCCACCCCCUUGUCAUGCCAAUGAAGUUUGUAAAGAAGCUGAUUCCGGCCAACUCGCUGUCCUCUACAUAUCACUUCUUUUGACAGCAAUAGGUUCGGGGGGCAUUCGGCCCUGUGUCGUCUCGUUCGGGGCUGACCAAUUUGACGAGUCCGAUCCUAAGCAAAAAACCACAACAUGGAAAUUCUUCAACUGGUACUAUUUUUGCAUGGGGGCAUCAAUUCUGGUGGCAGUGACAGUACUUGUUUAUAUUCAAGAUAAUAUUGGAUGGGGAUGGGGACUUGGUAUACCCACAUUUGCAAUGGCUCUUUCGAUAAUUGCAUUCGGAUUCGGGUAUCCUCUGUAUCGGAAACUAGAUCCUACUGGCAGCCCAUUUACGCGACUUCUACAAGUGUGUGUGACUGCAUAUAGGAAGCGUAACACACCAAUGGUUUCGGACGCUAAAUUGCUGUAUGAAAAUGGGGAACUUGAUGCUGCUUUAUCUAUUGGUGGGAAGCUUAUUCAUACUGAUAACUUGAAAUUCUUGGACAAGGCUGCCAUUGUGACAGAGGAAGACAAUAUCAAAGCACCCAACCCAUGGAAACUCAACACAGUCCACCGGGUUGAAGAACUAAAAUCACUUAUCCGUAUGGGACCAAUAUGGGCAGCUGGAAUUCCUCUUAUCACAGCCUAUGCUCAACAGGGCACAUUCUCCCUCCAACAGGCCAAAACCAUGGACCGACACCUAACAAAAUCCUUCCAAAUCCCUGCUGCAUCAAUGACUGUCUUCACUCAGACAUCAAUGCUUUUGACAAUCAUCUUCUAUGAUCGAGUAUUUGUCCCUGUUGUUCGUCGAUUCACAGGGAUCGACCGUGGAAUCUCAUUCCUUACUCGAAUGGCUAUUGGCUUUUUCAUUUCAUUGAUUGCCACAUUUGUUGCUGGUUUCAUUGAAGUCAAGCGUAAAGACGCCGCAUUAGCGUAUGGACUAAUUGACAACCCCCACACCAUAAUCCCAAUUUCUGUUUUCUGGCUAAUACCACAAUAUUGCCUACACGGAAUAGCCGAAGCCUUCAUGUCCAUUGGGCAUCUUGAGUUUUUCUAUGAUCAGGCCCCGGAAAGCAUGAGGAGCACUGCCACUGCCUUGUUCUGGUUGUCGAUUUCAGCUGGGAACUACAUGAGUACUCUUAUGGUUAGCCUUGUGCACAAGUACAGCGCAGGAAAUGGGGGAUCAAAUUGGCUUCCGAACUCUAAUUUGAACAGGGGGAAGCUGGAGUAUUUCUACUGGUUGAUCACACUGUUGCAAUUCAUCAACUUGGUUUACUAUCUUUGUUGUGCUAAAUUUUACACUCUCAAGCCAAUUCAGGUUCACAAGGCAGAAGAUGAUCAGCUCAAAGAAGACCGAAUCGAGCUAACUAGCCAUGUGUGA